GAACUGUGUUUGAUCCUGGUUUUCAAUUUUGUUUGAUCAAAGCUAGAGCUUUAUGCACAAUGCUUGGGAAUGGGGUUGUUGGGAUCGUCUCGGAGACUGUGAACAAGUGGGAGAGAAGAGCACCAUUGACCCCAUCUCACUGUGCUCGGCUGCUUCACAGUGGCAGUGACAAAACCGGAGUGUCUCGGAUCAUUGUGCAGCCUUCGACCAAGCGCAUCCAUCAUGAUGCAUUGUAUGAAGAAGUUGGCUGUGAGAUUUCAGAGGACUUGAAGGAAUGUGGCCUCAUUUUGGGGAUCAAACAACCCAAGCCGGAGAUGGUUCUUCCGGAUAGAGCUUAUGCGUUUUUCUCACAUACACACAAGGCACAAAAAGAAAACAUGCCGUUGUUGGAUAAGAUUCUAAAAGAAAGGGUGUCUUUGUAUGAUUAUGAGCUAAUUGUUGGGGAUCAUGGGAGGAGAUUGCUGGCAUUUGGCAAGUUUGCUGGUAGAGCUGGAUUUAUUGACUUUUUGCGCGGCUUAGGACAAAGGUACCUAAGUCUUGGAUAUUCGACACCAUUUCUUUCGUUGGGUGCUCCGUAUAUGUAUUCAUCUUUGGCUGCUGCCAAGGCCGCAGUGAUUUCUGUUGGAGAAGAGAUAGCAACUCUGGGAUUGCCGGCAGGAAUCUGCCCACUCGUCUUUGUCUUCACCGGUUCAGGAAAUGUUUCUUCUGGUGCACAGGAAAUAUUUAAGCUUCUUCCUCAUACUUUUGUGGAGCCAAGCAGACUUCCAGGAGAAUCUGGGACGGAUGCUGCUCCACCCACCAGGACAUCAAAGAGGGUCUUCCAAGUAUAUGGUUGUAUUGUGACUUGUAAAGACAUGGUUGAACACAAAGAUCCCAAAAAAUCAUUUGACAAAGCUGAUUAUUAUGCACAUCCAGAACACUACAACCCAGUUUUUCAUGAAAAGAUAGCUCCUUAUGCAUCUGUAAUUGUGAAUUGUAUGUAUUGGGAAAAAAGGUUUCCUCGAUUAUUGAGUACCAAGCAGUUUCAAGAUUUAACAAGGAAAGGAUGUAAGCUUGUUGGCAUCUCUGAUAUAACUUGUGAUAUAGGUGGAUCGAUAGAGUUUGUUAAUCAAACCACACAAAUUGACUCACCGUUCUUCAGAUAUGAUCCAGUAAAAGAUUCUUACCAUCAGGACAUGGAAGGUGAUGGUGUGGUAUGUUCAGCUGUGGAUAUUCUUCCAACAGAAUUUGCAAAAGAGGCUUCCAAACACUUUGGAGACAUAUUAUCCGAAUUUGUUGGCUAUUUGGCUUCUACAAAAGACAUUAGAAAGUUACCUGCACACUUGAUGAAAGCUUGCAUAGCUCAUGGAGGAACACUUACUCCAUUGUAUGAAUACAUUUCUCGCAUGCGAAAAUUUGAUGACUCAGAUGAAACAUCAAAAGGUCAUGCUAGUCACCACUUUAACAAGAAGUACACCACAUUAGUAUCUCUCAGUGGUCACUUGUUUGAUCAAUUUCUGAUAAAUGAGGCCUUAGAUAUUAUUGAAGCUGCAAGUGGAUCCUUCCAUCUGGUGAAGUGUCAAGUUGGUCCAAGUUCUCAUGCUAUGUCAUACUCAGAACUCGAAGUCGGUGCAGAUGAUGAGGAAGCUCUGAAUAAAAUUAUCGAUUCUUUGACUUCUCUUGCCAAUCCAAAUGAAAAUCAAGUGUUAAAGCAAGAGGCAAAUAGAAUUUCACUGAGGGUCGGUAAAGUUCUGGAUAGUGGAGCUAAGAAGGAGAAUGACACGAAAAAGAAGGUCGGGGUUCUAAUCAUUGGAGCAGGACGGGUCUGUCAACCAGCUGCCGAAAUGCUAGCAUCAAUUGGUGGAAUGUCGUCCCAACAAUGGUAUAAAACAUGCAUGGAAGGUGACUUUGAGGAGAACAUUGAUGUUCAAGUUACUGUUGCAUCUCUCUAUCUAAAGGAUGCUGAAGAGAUCACUGAAGGUAUUCCAAAUGCAAACCCAGUUCAGCUUGAUGUGUCAGACACUAGUACUCUUCAUAAGUAUAUAUCAGAGGCUGAGGUUGUUAUAAGUUUACUGCCUGCUUUUUGUCAUGUUACUGUAGCAACUGCAUGUAUUGAGCUCAAAAAACACCUUGUCACUGCUAGCUAUGUUGAUGAAGCCAUGUCAAAGCUAGAUGAAAAGGCAAAGACUGCUGGUAUUACGAUUCUUGGCGAGCUGGGGUUGGACCCUGGGAUAGAUCACAUGAUGGCGAUGAAGAUGAUCAACCAAGCACAUGUUCGCAAGGGGAAAAUAAAGUCUUUUAUUUCUUACUGUGGUGGACUCCCAUCCCCAGCUGCAGCAAACAAUCCUCUAGCAUAUAAGUUCAGCUGGAGUCCUGCAGGAGCUAUCCGAGCUGGACGCAAUCCUGCCACCUAUAAAUCUAACGGUGAAAUUAUAAAUGUUGAUGGUAAGAAUCUAUAUGAUUCAGCUGUGAAGUAUCGGUUACCUGGCCUUCCAGCUUUUGCGCUAGAAGGCCUUCCGAAUCGUAAUUCACUAGUUUUUGGAGACUUGUAUGGCAUUGGAAAGGAAGCAUCAACCGUCUUUCGUGGAACCCUUCGCUAUGAAGGGUUUGGCCAAAUAAUGGGAAUACUGUCAAGAAUUGGCUUAUUUGAAGCCGAACCUCAUCCACUUUUUAAGGAUGGAAAGAAACCCACACUCCAGAUGUUCUUGUCCGAUCUUCUCAAAAUGAAAAGUGAUGAAGUGGAUGGAUCUCUGAGAGGAGAGAAAGCCAUCAGUGAAAGGAUUAUCAGUCUUGGAUACAGCAAAGAGCAAGAAAGUGCAGUAAGGGCAGCUAAAACUAUAAUAUUUUUGGGACUGCAUGAGCAGAAAGAAAUUCCUGCCUCCUGCAAAAGUGCUUUUGAUGUCAGCUGUCUCCUCAUGGAAGAUAGGUUGGCAUACUCCAGCACAGAACAGGAUAUGGUGCUUUUACAUCAUGAAGUGGAGGUUGAGUUCCCGGAUUCCAAACUCAAAGAGAAACACAGUGCCACUUUACUGGAAUUUGGGACAAUUAGGAAUGGUAAAAUGGUCACUGCCAUGGCUUACACUGUUGGUAUCCCGGCUGCCAUUGGAGCUCUGCUCAUACUUGGAAACAAGAUCAAAACAAGAGGUGUCCUGAGGCCUCUUGAACCUGAAGUAUACGUCCCAGCCAUGGAUAUCCUACAAGCAUAUGGUAUCAAGGUAAUGGAGAAGGUCGAGUGAUCCAAAUGAUCAACUUUCCCUGCCUUCUUCCUAUGUAUAGACUCAAUUCCGCAUCAAGUUUCAUGGAGUUGCCCGAUUGGAAACAGAACUCCCCAGGUGGAAUUAUAGAACAUAUAAUAUGUAACGGGGCUCCAAUGACAAGGUUUUGCAAAGCUUUCUUGGUGGAAAACGCACUACUUGCAAACUGGAGGAGCUUCCUAAUGCUA